AGUUAAAUAAAGUAGUGAGUGCCCUGCGGAUUGUGGUCUCAGAGUUCGAAUUGCUAACUGGUUGUGCAUAACUACAACCAGUUAGCAAGUCAGAAAUGUCAGUCUCCUAGUUCCGACUGGUAUUUCAACGCAGUAUGUGGCAAUGGGACGCCGGGCUAUCGCGUCUGUGGACUAUGUAUGAGUGUGCUUAAAAUAUCAGGCAUGCGCAGCAGUGAGCCACUGAUCGUAAUACGCUCUGAUAGGAAAAUUGUACCAAUUUCCCACCAGCCUUUGUUGUUGUCUAGCAAACAACUGUUUUUGUAGUCCACUGUCACGUAAUUGUUUGAAAUUUAGUUGAGGUUCUUGUUUAAUUGUAGGCGAAUAUUUGUAUUAUAUGCGAUAUGACGUCUGCUCUCUAAGGUCAACUUGAAGAAUGUUGGACAACCUUUUACAACAGACAUGCAGUCGCAGAAUCAUCCUAUGAUGAAGAGUAUGACAGUCGUGGUGGUGGGUGGAGGUGUGGUUGGCUUCUCCACAGCUGUGUGCAUUGCUGAGGCCCUCCCCUACUGCUCUGUGACCCUCAUAGCUGACAGGUUUACCCCAGACACCACCAGCGACGUGGCUGCUGGGAUCCUGAUUUGCUCACCGUUCCCAGAUAUCCCUCUGGAACAGCAGCAGAGGUGGUUCAAGGAGACGAUCGAUCACCUGCUGGCUAUUGCCCAAUCAGAACAGGCAUCAGAGGCUGGGGUGUUGCUCAGCUCAGGAUGGCAAAUACACAAGGAGCUCCCUGUGGAUAAGGUGCCAUUCUGGUCUGCAUUUGUGCUGGGUUUCCGAAUCAUGACAGACCGUGAACUGAAACGGUUUCCUGAUCACAAGUUUGGCCAGGCGUUCACCACAGUGAAAUGUGAAUGUUCCAACUACCUGCCAUGGAUGGAGAAGAGGUUUAGAAAAGCAGGAGGCCAGGUUGUGAAGCAGAAAGUUAACGACCUCCAGGAACUAAGCAGCCAGGGAUACGACGUCAUCGUCAACUGCUCCGGUCUGGGCGCCAAGUCUCUAGUAGGGGACUCUCAGGUCUACCCUGUCAGGGGGCAGGUCCUCAAAGUCCAGGCCCCUUGGCUCCAACACUUCAUCCGGGAUGGGGAAGGGCAGUCAUAUAUCUACCCAGGGAUGCACAGCGUGACAGUGGGCGGCACCAGGCAGGUGGACGACUGGCGCCUGGAGGUUGACCCAGAGGACAGCCAGGACAUCCUGGAGCGCUGUAGCAGCCUGGAGCCGUCCCUGAGCAGGGCCAGGGUCCUGGGGGAGUCUGUGGGGCUGAGACCCAGUAGGAAGAACGUCCGGGUGGAGAGAGAGAUGGUCCUCCUGGGGAGCCGACAGGUACCGGUGGUGCAUAACUACGGCCAUGGGGGCUGGGGGGUCAGUCUGAGCUGGGGUACAGCCCUGGAAGCACUGGGGCUGGUCAGGAAGUGUCUCCAUGAGAGGCCCCCCAGGGCCAGGCUGUGAACACUACGCAGAUACUCUGCCAUAGAAAUAAUUUCUGAAUAACUUUGAUAUAAUUACUUGAUCUGCACUGUUUUUUCACACAAUUAGUGAUACCUGCUGCCAUUGCACAGUAAUGAAAUUAAAGAAAGCAAUGCGAUUUUGCUCACUUGAUAUGAUGCAAAUAAUUUCAUGAAAUCUCCACAGUGAAAAGUUAUUUGAAUUGUCAUCUGAAUGUUAUGGAAGAUACCAAGAUGAAUGACAUUGACUUUUCCGUUUUAGAAAAAGUGGCAAAACCCCCGAGAGAAGGAUAUUCCAGACAAGAAAUUGUUAAUGGCUGAGGUAGAAUAGUUAAAGUUACAGGGACUUGACAUUUCACUAAAUAUUGUCUUAUGUUCAGAUUUAAUCAAUUCUAACUUUACAGAAAAAUAAAAAUCAAAGACCUUG